AAUAGAAAGAUUAAAAAAUUAAAUAUAAAAUGCGAAGAUAUUCUUUAGAUUCGAUUUUAAUACGGACAAACUUCGGUUAUACGAGGUGGUUUACGAAGAUUUACCGCGCUGUUACACGCACUUCCUGUAGAUUGUUUUCAUCUCAAUCAAAAUGGCGGUUCAUGUGGAAUCGACAAGCACUUCGCAAAACACCAAUAACUUAUACGAACUUGAGCAAGAAGUAAUGGCAUUCUGCUCUCAUUAUACAAGCAAAGUUCCCAAGCAUUCAGUACACGAAUUAAUGCACGACGUUGAACAAUUCUCCAAUAAUUUGUUAUCAAAGUUAGCAGUUCCCUUGCACGUCCAGUGCCGUUGGUUGACCGCUAUAGCCAACCAACCAUGGCUGAUCCCCGAAAGCUACGCAAGUGCAGAGGUUCAAGUGAAUGCCUUAUUGCAAUACAUGUCGUCUAGCUGUGUAUGGGUGCGAUCUCUCGCUUGUAGCCUUAUUCGAGUAUUCUGCAUCGAGCUCAACCCACGCGGGGAGCAUAUUUUAACACAAGUUACAAUUAGUUGUAAAAACUUGAUGACCACAUUGGAGCACUCGUUGGCGCCUGAUAUCAAUCCAAGCUCCUCUUUAUGUCAAGUUGUUGCUUGUUCAUCUCUUUGCUACGUCACCACCUACUGGGUGGCUGUUAUUCCAGAUAGGGCGGCAUCAUUUGUCCUAAUCACAACAAAGUGCUUACUCAAUGUACUGGAAAAACCUAGGCCUGAGGUUACCCCAUUUCUUUACCAGGUUGCGGCAGAUGGUUUAGGUCAAAUCCUUCAGAGUCCUUCUGUAUGGCUUGUAAUAUUGACCGAAAAGGAUCGACAGGAGAUAGUUCUCAGACUGAUGUCUAUUCUGCAGUACUUUUCAUCUCCUCAUGGUCGUGAGAACAUCACCCUUGUGAAGCUACUGCAGACAGUGAAUGUGGAGGCCUUUGUUCAUACUCUGAUGACAUCGCCACACCUUGCAAGGAUGCUGUUGACUUUGUUGCUGAAUUUCUUACAAAUAUCAUCUGAUGAUGUCCCAUUUCUUGAAGUGCACUGGUUGUCACUGUGUAUUAUUUGGAGAUUUCUCCACUUCGUUGGCAUAACUCCUGCAGAUAACUCUUCUAUGGUGUCCAUGAUCAACAAAGGCUGCUGUGAUGCAGAUCAAGUGAGCCAACUCAAUAAACUUGUGACUGUAAAGUAUGCAGAGUACGUAGGUGUUAGGAGUGGAGUACAAGAUGGGAACAGUCAACCAACUUCAACAACAUGACCCACAAAGCAGGUAGAGUUUCUGUGAGUUCUAAAGUGAGCGGGAAAUAGGACUAAUAGCAGAAGUCUAGCUAGGGUAUUUAACCUCCACUUCACUCACUGGUUCACACUAUUUGCUCAAAGCUUGUGUCAAAUAAUUCCCACAAAAAGUUAUAUUUUUAAAGAUGAGAGUUUUUGUUCACACAAGUUGCUCAAAGUUUGUGUCAAGUAAUUGCUACAAAAAGUUAUAUUUUUUUUAAAAUGAGAGUUUUUGUUCACACAAAUUGCUCAAGGUUUAUGUCAAGUAAUUGCUACAAAAAAUUAUAUGUUUAAAGGUGAGAGUUUUUUAUAUUCAGAAAGCAUUGUCACAUCAAAAGCACUGCACACUAUCAAACAACACUGUUCAGUGGAGCAUGGAAUAAUUUAAGAUACCCCCCCCCCCCCCUCAAAAUCCUGGAUAUGGGCCUGAUGUUACAAAAUGUUGUAGCGGCAUGUACAAUUUAGGUUAGGUAUGUGCUCAACUGCAAAGUGCAGGGAAUUUUCAAAAAUGUGACUUGCAGUAUAGUUAUAUAACUUAUUAUUAAUUUUGCUAAGUGCAAUUUAGUAGAUCUUUUUAAAAUUACUAUCAGGUAUUUAGAGCCAGGCAGGGGCGGCAGAAGGGGAGGGGCAGGGAGGGUGCCAGCCCCCCCACUCUUGAAAGUGGGGGGCAGAUGAGCGGAUGUUUCUUUAGACAUAUUUGAACGUUUUUUUUUUUAACCAACGGGUUUUAAGCAUUAUAUAUGCAACCAACAACAAAUUUGUUGAACAGUUUAAAAUCUACGCGUUCUAAUAAAUAGGAUUUGGA